AUGAAACAUCCUGGCGCCACCGCUGCAUUCAUAGUUGGGUUCACUUUUCUCGUACUGGCUGUGGGAAUCACUGCCUACAUCCUGGUCCGUCGACGCCGCAGAAUCUCCCAUGGGGGGCGGAACACCUCGAGAAGAGAAGUCCAUCGCACUCUGAGUCUUGGAAGGGAACAACUGCUAGAUGAACCUCAUUCCUUUACCCAAUCCUGGUCAGGUUCUUCAGGAGCUGGCAAUGGCCUGAACCCAUGCCGCCAUCUUCCGAGUUCAGACAAACCUGUCGAUGGAAAGGAGGUCCAUGCACCUACCGCAAAUCACACAAUCAAGGGCAUUGGAAAGCUUCAAUUCACCGUUGCGUAUGACAACAAUGUUCAGGAGUUGCAAGUCUCCGUUCUGCGUUGUGUGGAGUUACCACAGCUUGAUCCCAACUUGAACACAGUAGAUUCCUACGUGAAGUUGGAACUUCUACCAGAGAAGCGACAUCGUGUAAAAACGAGAGUGGUUAGAGGUUCCAAUAACCCCUUCUUUGGCGAAGCUUUCAUAAUGAACAAAGUUUCGCUGAGUAUGUUGAAAUCUGGCUCCUUGCACUUUAUUGUGGUUGGAUUUGAUCGACAUUCAAGGGACUCCAUUAUCGGUGAGGUUGUCUGCCCUCUCAAUGAUCUGGAACUUAAUCUCACCAAGGAAGCGACUGUUACUAGAGACAUUUUGAAGCGCAAAUUCAGUCCCUCCGAUAAGAAUCGCGGUUUGCUUCUGAUAAGCCUCUGCUAUCUGCCUGCGGCAAGUCGUCUAACUGCAGUUGUCCUCAAGGCAGAAGGCCUUCCCAAAGUUGAUCUCGCCGAGUCAUCAGGAAAUCCCUACGUAAAGCUCUACUUUAUGGAGAACGACAGACGUAUUGCCAAAAAGAAGACCCAUGUCAAAAAGCGGACAUCGAAUCCCGUGUUCAAUGAGGCCUUUGCUCUGGAGGUACCUCCCAAUGCGAAAUUAGAAGAUAUCAGGUUGGAAUUUCGAUUGGUGAAUUGGGAGCGAGAUUCACCCAGUAGAGUGAUUGGUCGUGUCACCAUCGGCUGCUGCGGUAACGAGAGAGCGCAAGAACAUUGGAAGAAAGCUAUUGAGAACCCACGGAAACAAGUGGCUGAAUGGCACAACAUUCUUGCUUGA